GAGACAUAUUGCAUUUGAAACCAUUUGUUGCAGAGCGUCAGGGUGAGAGAAAUGAGAUGCAAGAUACUACCUCUUUAUUUGAAAACUGCACAUCUGAUUAUCAAUACAAUCAGUGUGGAUUGAUAAUAAAUCGUGUUUCUUUUUUUGCUGUAUUUGAUGGUCAUGGUGGAAAGAAUGCAUCACAGUUUGCUCAAGAAAAUUUGCACGUUAAUAUUAAUAAAAACUUUCCUAAAGAAGCUGUUUUAAAUUUUGAUAAUGAACUAAAAAAGAGCAUAAUUAAAGCUUUUAAAGACACAGAUGAAGCUUUUCUUUUACGUGCAAGUUUAGAAAAUCCUCCUUUAAAAGAUGGUGCAACAGCAGCAUGUGUAUUGGUAGUUAACAAUACAAUUUAUGUGGCAAAUAUUGGAGACAGUAAAACAAUACUGGUGCGAACUAAUGAAGAGGGGAAGAGUACUAUAUUACCAUUAUCAAAAGAUCAUUCACCAUUAAAUUAUGAAGAAAGACAACGCAUACAAAAUGCAGGUGGUUUUGUAAAGGAUGGUCGUGUUCAAGGAAUAGUUGAAGUAUCUCGUGCUUUUGGCGACUUAAGAUUUAAAAAAUAUAUAAUAUCUAAGCCAGAUAUUGUCAAAUCAACACUGACAGAAAGAGACAGGUAUAUUUUGAUUGCUUGUGAUGGUUUAUGGAAAGGGUUAACAGUUGCUGAAGCUGUGGAUUUUAUUGAAAAAAUUCUUAUGGAAAAUGAGUAUAAUGAUGAUGGAUUUUUCAAGGCUUGCAAUGAAGUUGCCAAUGAAGCUAUUCGCCGUGGAAGUUCUGAUAAUAUCACUGUUGUUAUCAUCAGAAUAUAUUCAUGAAUUUUGAAAUACUCUUUCGCUUUUAUAUUUUUAAAUUGUUAAGAGUUAUACUUUUUGAGUGUUUACAAUGUUUAUAUAUAGUUAAA